AUGGCUUGCCGAAAAACAGAAAACUUCCAAGAUUGGGUGUGUGAGCUUCUCCCUGAGGACGUGACUGACCUCCUACAAGACGGAGCGGAAAUUCUUGGGGAGGGAGCGCACGCAAUUGCUUACCUUGUCAAGUGGGGAAAUGAUGUAGCUGUUUUGAAAAAGGCAGUGUCACCAUCAGCCAAAAAAUUCUUCAAGGAUGAGGCUGCCAAGAUGUAUGCCCUCGAUGGUGCUGGGGGGAUUCCUAAGGUACUUGGGUACUGUCCAAAACCUCCAGCGAUCCUCCAGUCCUUCAGGGGUAAGCUCACACUCAACCACCUUCUCUCUGAAGAUAACCUGAUCUGCCAAUAUGACCUUAUACAACUGGGGCUCCUCCUUGGUGAGAAAAUCCUUGAGAUGAACACGAAAGGUCUAGCACACAAUGACAUCAAGGAGGAUAACAUAAUGAUCCAAGGGCCCUCAUCCCGGCCAGAGGUCAGCCUCAUUGACCUCGGUCUGGCCUGUGAGAUCG